GAGAUCCAUCCGGUCAUUUGCUAAUGAUGACCGCCAUGUCAUGGCAAAACACUCCACCAUAUACCCAUCUCCGGAGGAGCUGGAAGCUGUCCAGAACAUGGUAUCCACGGUGGAAUGUGCGCUAAAGCAGGUCUCUGAUUGGAUGGAUGAACAAAGUAAAAGUGAGACCGUGGAAAAUGACCAGGAAGGAAAACAGGAAGACGAUGAAGAAAAUACCUCCAAGGAUGACAGUGGCCGGGUGCUGUGUGGAGUCAUGAGGAUCGGCCUGGUUGCCAAAGGCUUGCUCAUUAAGGAAGACAUGGAUCUAGAAUUGGUUCUCUUGUGUAAAGAGAAACCUACAGAGAGCUUGUUAGCCGCAGUCCAAGAAAACCUUCCACUGCAGAUCCAGAAACUCACAGAAGAGACCUAUCAUGUGGAACAAUGCACAAAAGAUUCCUCACUAAUUAUACAAAAUUCGAAAGAACCUAAAUUAUCUUUAAAAGUUAUUUUGACAUCCCCGCUAUUCAGAGAAGAGGAAAACCAAGCCGGUGGAGUAGAAAAUGUUGCGAUGAAAGAUCCUCCGGACUUAUUGGACAGGCAGCAAUGCCUGAACGCCUUGGCGUCUCUGCGACAUGCCAAAUGGUUUCAGGCGAGAGCGAACGGACUAAAAUCUUGUGUAAUUGUGCUGCGUAUUCUUCGAGAUUUGUGCAACAGAGUUCCUACCUGGACACGGCUCAAAGGAUGGCCGCUAGAACUCAUAUCUGAAAAAGCAAUAGGAACUUGUAAUAGGCCGUUGGGUGCUGGAGAAGCGUUACGGAGAGUUAUGGAGUGCCUGGCGUCGGGCAUCAUUCUACCUGGAGGGCCAGGCCUGCACGACCCAUGUGAGAGGGAACCUACAGAUGCCCUGGCUUACAUGGCCGUGAAAGAAAGAGAAGAGAUCACGCAAAGUGCACAGCACGCCCUGCGUUUGUUAGCCUUUGGACAGAUUUACAAGGUAUUGCAAAUGGACCCCUUGCCAUCAAUAUAAACCCUUCCAAAAAUAUUCCUGGUCAAGCACAGACAGGGAAGGAUUAAAGCGGCCAUACGAUGACGGUUCUUGCGACGACAAGGACCCAAACAAGAAAAUGAGACGCAAUUUGCGCAAAAUUUUGGACAGCAAAGCCAUAGAUUCUAACCAGCCAAUGAAUGCACUGAUGCGACUAAACCAGAUUCGACCUGGCUUGCAAUACAAACUGCUGUCUCAAUCAGGUCCAGUACAUGCACCAGUUUUCACUAUGUCUGUUGAUGUAGAUGGAACCACACAUGAGGCCUCCGGACCAUCCAAGAAAACAGCCAAGCUUCAUGUAGCAGUAAAGGUUUUACAGGCCAUGGGAUACCCAACUGGUUUUGACACAGAUAUGGAGUGUCUUAGUUCAGAUGAGAAAUCAGAUAAUGAAGGCAAGAACGAGACAAUCUCAUCGAAUUCCAGCAAUAACACGGGGAGCUCCAGUACAGACAGCUCCAACACAGUGGAGGUCCGUACUCAGGGUCCUAUCCUUACCGCCAGUGGAAAAAACCCUGUUAUGGAACUGAAUGAAAAGAGGCGAGGCCUUAAAUAUGAGUUGAUAUCAGAGAGCGGAGGAAGCCAUGACAAACGGUUUGUAAUGGAGGUGGAGGUGGACGCUCAGAAGUUCAGGGGUGCCGCCCAAACAAAAAGGUAGCAAAAGCCAGUGCAAAGCCCUGGCUGCCCUAGAGAAGCUCUUCUCUGGUCCAAACGCAGCGAAUAACAAGAAGAAAAAGAUUAUUCCACAGGCUAAAGGAGCGGUCAGUACGGCGGUGUCGGCGGCUGUGCAGGCGGCUCGAGGAAGAGGACGGGUGGCAUUGGCCAGAGGAGCCUUCGUGGGAGCUGCUGCUGCUGCCCCUGGAUACAUAACCCAAGGAUAUGCAGCCCCCUAUGGAUACAGUGCCGCAGCGCCGGCUUAUGGUAUCCCGAAAAGGAUGGUCCUCUUACCAGUUAUGAAAUUUCCAGCAUAUCCAGUUCCCCACUACUCCUUUUUUUAA